AUGUCUUCCCAAUCUGAAUUGACUUGGGCUCAAAGAGCUUCACGUCAAAAGGUGGGUCGAUUUCUCCAGCCCAACAAGCGACGAUUGGACAAUCCAACUGAUGUACCAUUGGUGGGUACUGUUCUCUAUGAAGAUGAUGACCUGAAGGGUCAAAUUUUGGCAAGCAAGGCUAUGGCGAUUAUUCAGCAAUCCCUUUCUUCUGGUUCUGUUCUGUUCACGUUUCAGAAAACUUUGUUUCCUGAUCGUGUUGCCGCUUACAAAAUGAUUCAAGACCAAAUCUCACCUGACGUGGAAUUUCGACCUCUUAGUUUGUAUGAUUCUCGUGCUGAUGGUUCUCUGCUGAUUGAAGCCAGGUUUGCUCAGGUGGAGCAUGCACAAGUGGCUAUGCGUGAAGGGGUGACAGUACAAGGUGUAGUGUACAAAGCGUCUACCUCCAAGGAAAGUGCUGAAUUUGGGGAUGUCAAGCAUGUGCGGUUUACACUUAUGCGUAUGGUGGACAAGACCACUUUUUUGUCGGAUCUUAUGGAGUCCUUGUCGUACUUUGGUAAGGUACUGCAAGUGAAGAAGUUUACUCACCGUGGUUACUUUGAGGGUAAACUUUCGGUGAUUUUGGAUACUUCUGUUGGAUUUCAGGUAGGGGAUGAGUGGCAGGAGGCCAAGCCCCUAGAUAGAAUGCUCUAUCUGAGCGAAUUUGAUUGUUUUGUGCCAGCGACUUAUCAAGGUGCUCCACCUGUUUGUCAUUUCUGUCAACACAGCGGUCAUGUUCGCGCCAAAUGUCCUGAAUUGGCUAGACGUCGUUGCUUUAGGUGCAAUAAGCAAGGGCACAUGUUGCGUUUUUGCCCUGAAAAGGAGGUUCAGUCUGCAAAUUUCACCAAGAAGCACAAAGUUCACCAUCAUUCUGAGGAUUCUGAGGAUGUCACUCUGGCUCGUAAGAACACUGUGGAAUUGAUGGAAUAUAUUGAGAAGGAAAAAUUAGGCGUAGGUAAGGAGGUGGAGAAGGUAGAAGAAGAAGAACUCGAUUAUCGUGUAGUCGAGGAUGAAUCUCUUCAGGGUGAAAGUGUUGACGAAUCUGAAAAUGAUGAGUCCACUGGUAACGAGGAUUUGGAUCUUCUGAGUGAAGAUAACCACCAGGUAAGUAUGAAUGAGGAUGAGGACAUGGAGGACGACAAGAUUGUGCUUGCUGGAGCUCCCAAGAAGCUGGAUACCGUGCGUGGUUCUGCCUACUCCAAGUAUGCGUCUGCUGAGGUGGCUGUGAAUAUGAACAUUGACUCGCCUGAGGAGAUGUUGAAUUUGACCAAGUUGAAGGAUCUUGCUCAGCGCAAAAGAAUGGAGUUCAAUGCAAACCUGAAAGGUACUACUGGUGCUGGUGUAAAAGGCGAUAACAAGCUGGGUAACUCUGGUGGUGUCUCUUCUGGUACUGGUGCUAAGGGUAACAAGUCUGGUGUUGCUUCUGGUGUUGCUUUCGGUGGUGUUUCUGGUGGUGUUUCUGGUGGUGUUUCUGGUGUUGUCAAGAAUAGCAAGACUAAUGGCCGUGCGCCUCUCAAGACUAAGCAAGACGCCCGUAGGGCUCAAUGA